CCUCGACGCACGCAUCCCCGAUGGCCGCCACCGCCGCAAUGCCCGUCGUGGCGCCCCGCGCCGCCGUCGCUCGCGCCGGCAAGCGCGCCGCCGCGAACAAGCGCGCGUCCACGACGCGCGCGAUGGCGACGCCGUCGAAAUCCCCGAACGGCGCCAAGCCGCGCGCGCUCAUCAGCGUCAGCGACAAGACGGGCAUGACGAACCUCGCGGCGGAGCUCGCGAAGCUCGGGUACGAGGUCGUCAGCACCGGCGGCAGCGCGAAGGCCAUCUCCGACGCGGGCGUGGACGUCACCGCGGUGGACGCGAUCACGAACUACCCGGAGAUGCUCGACGGCCGCGUGAAGACGCUCCACCCCGCGGUACACGCCGGCAUCCUCGCGCGCCGCGACGUCGCGUCGCACGUCGACGCGGUGACGACGCACGACAUCGGAUACGUCGAUAUCGUCGCGGUGAACCUGUAUCCGUUCCGCGAGACGGUCGCCAGCGGCGCGGGGUUCGAGCGAUGCGUGGAGAACAUCGACAUCGGCGGCCCGGCGAUGAUCCGCGCGGCGGCGAAGAACCAUCCGUUCGUCUACGUCCUGGUCGACGCCGCCGACUACGGUCCGCUGAUCGAACACAUCAAGUCGAACCCGUCCGACGCCGACGACCUCGCGAUGCGCAAGAAGCUCGCGUGGAAGGCGUACCAGCACUGCGCGUCGUACGACGCCGUCGUCGCGGAGUACCUCUGGAGCGAGAUUGGCGACGGCGCGCCCGCGCCGGAGCUCUGCGUCCCGAUGACGUUGGCCGAUACGCUUCGCUACGGCGCGCGUUUUAUCGCGCGCUGUGGACCUCACGUUUUGACACGUGGGAAUGAUAUCCACCAAUCGCAUCCCCUCGUGACUGACGCGCGUCUUCCCCUCGACCAAUCGAUCGCAGGCGAGAACCCGCACCAAGCCGCCGCCGUGUACUCGGACGCGUCGCUCGCCGAAGCCGGCGGCGAGGGCGUCGGCCGCGCGACGUUACACCACGGCAAGGAGAUGAGCUACAACAACUACCUCGACGCGGAGGCGGCGUACUCGUGCGUCAGCGACUUCCCUACCUCGGACCCGACGUGCGUCGUCGUCAAGCACACCAACCCGUGCGGCGUCGCGUCCGCUUCCGGAUGCGGCGGCGACGUCCUCGAGGCGUACAGAGCCGCGGUGCGAGCGGACCCGAUCAGCGCGUUCGGCGGGAUCGUCGCGUUCAACUGCGAGGUCACGGAGGAGAUGGCGAAGGAGAUCAGAGAGUUCCGCUCGCCGACGGACGGCGAGACGCGGAUGUUUUACGAGAUCGUCAUCGCGCCGGCGUACACGGAGGCGGGCCUCGCGACGCUCAAGGGCAAGUCCAAGAACCUGCGCAUCCUGGAGGCGAAGCCGCGGACGCCGUCGAGCACGCUCAGGCAGGUGGGCGGCGGGUGGCUCCAGCAGCAGAGCGACUCGCUGCUCCCCGAGGACAUCGAGUUCACGACCGUGUCCAAGACGCAGCCGACGCCGGACCAGGCGCGUUCGUUCUCCUAUUCGCACUGGUUCCCAUGCGACCGCGUUCGCGCGAUCGAGGCGCUCAAGUUCGCGUGGAGGUGCGUCAAGCACGUCAAGUCCAACGCGAUCACGGUCGCGACGAAGGGGCGCCUGCUCGGGAUGGGCAGCGGGCAGCCGAACCGCGUGAACUCCGUGCGAAUCGCGCUCGAGAAGAGCGGCGAGGAGACGGAAGGGAGCGUGCUCGCGUCGGAUGCGUUUUUCCCCUUCGCGUGGGGCGACUCCGUGGAGAAGGCGUGCCAGGCGGGCGUGAAGGCGAUCGCGCAUCCGGGCGGGAGCAUGCGCGAUCAGGACGCGGUGGACUGCUGCGAUAAGUACGGCGUCGCGCUCGUCGUCACGGGGCACCGUCACUUCCGUCAUUAAGCGGAGGAGAAGGAGGAGGAGGAGGAGGAGGGAGCGGGUCGACGGGACGGACGCCCUCGCGAUUUAUUUUAUUUGAAAACCGCGCGCGCGCGGCGCAUUCACAUC